AUAGACGGUAAAAAGAUGGCGGAUGACAAGAGCAAUAGCAUAGGCAAUCAUUACACUAAUAAACGGUUCUGGAGCCCUUCCGUUCGCGGAGCGGCGGUGGUGUUUAUCUGUAUACUGUUGGCCGAGCCUGCGCGAGCCACCACGCACUGGGUGGUGACAGAGGACGGCAAAAUCCAGCAGCAGGUGGAUUCUCCUCUUAACUUGAAACAUCCCCACCAUUUAGUUCUUUUCAUGCAACAAGAGACUCGUGUGAACUACCUCAAGAAGUUAGAGAAACAGCUAGUUGCUCAGAAGAUUCACAUUGAAGAGAACGAGGACCGGGAUACUGGUUUAGAGCAGCGACAUUAUAAAGAGGAUGCUGACUGUGUCACAGCUAAAGUUCCUCUGGGAGACUUGGAUCUCUAUGAUGGCACUUUUAUAUCCCUGGAGAGCAAAGACAUAAAUCCAGAGGAUUUUUUGGAUCAGAUAUCACCUCUACCUCCAGACCUGGAAAAACCUGACUGCGCUAAAAUUCUGGAUCUCCCUUAUAGCAUUCAUGCAUUUCAGCACCUCAGGGGUGUACAGGAGAAGGUAAACUUAACAUCACCCUUGCUUUCAAAGGAUGACCCAAUCUUUACCUCCCUGUCUCUUAAGCUGGGACAGAGUGUGGAUGAGAUUGGGCAUCGGAUACACCAGGCCCUUCUAAAAAAUUCCUCUUCAUGGGUGCUUUAUAACUUGGCCUCCUUCUACUGGCGGAUGAAGAAUGAACCCAGGCGAGCUGUGGACUGUGUGGUCCGUGCCCUCCAUUUUUCUCCAAGGCAGCACAAAGAUGUUGCUCUCAUCAAUAUGGCAAACAUACUUCACAGAGCACACUUCUCGGCUGACGCCGCCAUUCUCGCCCACGCUGCUCUGGAUCUCACUACCGAUCUCCUAACCAGCCAUUACACCCUGGGCAACAUUUACGCUAUGUUGGGGGAGUAUAAUCACUCCGUGCUGUGCUAUGAGCAGGCCCUGCAGGCUCAGCCGGGCUUUGAGCAGGCCCCGAGGAGGAAACAUGCCGUCCUCUGUCAGCAGAAGCUGGAGCAGCGGCUUGAGGCUCAACAUCGGUCUUUGCAACGCACCCUGAAUGAACUGAAGGAGUACCAAAAGCAGCAUGAUCAUUACCUGAGGCAGCAGGAGAUGCUGGACAAGCACAAGCUCAUUCAGGAAGAGCAGAUCCUGCGAAAUAUCAUCCACGAGACCCAAAUGGCUAAAGAAGCUCAACUCGGAAAUCACCAAAUGUGUCAUAUGGGCCAGCAGAAGUUCACCCUGCACUGCCCGUAUGACUUGCCUGUACGGUAUCACCGUGGAGAACUGUUUGAAAAUGUCCACUACAUUCAGUUUGGUGAGGAAGUGUCAGUAGCCAGCAGUGUUGCUCUGGUGUCCGAGUUAAGUGUGAAUGAGAGUCACAGUCCUCAGCAGUCCUACACCGUGUCUUUAGGACGGGAACCUGCAGCCCACUGGGACAAGGAGACCACCUCCACCGAUGUAAGAGAAAGUCAUAUGGUGCUGUGGCCCAGGAGGUCAGACUGUGCAAAAAAAUUCCCCACUAUUCCCCCUGUGCACCUACUUCCCACCUAUUACCUGCCACCUGAGUCCCGCAACUUUAAGGCUCUGAAUAUCCUUUUGGAGAGCAAAAGUCCUCCAUCAUCAGCAAAGACGCCGGAUUGCAGCUUUAAGAACCUUGUCACUGCUAGAGACCCACUGGACUCUCUGGCCUGGGCCUUAGAGAAGGAGCUGCAUGACCCACAUGCUGCUGAGGUGUUGCUGAAGCGCAGUGGUGGGAGGAGUUUGGAGCAAACUGGAGCACUGAUUGCUCAGGCUCUGGACAAGCCUCACACCCUGUUAAGUCUGGUCAACAUUCACCUCUCUCAGGGAAACCUGACUGGCGCUCUGGCCGUGUUUCGUCAGGCCCUGACUCUCACAGUUCACUGUCCCCAGUGUCGUGCCAGCCUGCCUCUAAUGCGCUGUCUCCAGUUUUACCCCUUCCUUUACAAUCUCCAGCACCAGGCCUGUCCAUCUGGCUCUGGCUGUGAGGCAGAGGACGACACAGAGCUGGAGGAAUGGGACACUGCCAGCAGCAGCAGCAGGCAGGAGGCCUGGGACACUGAUGCCAUGCCUGUGUCUGCUUUAGAAGACUCUCUUCUCUUUGAGAAGGUGGUGGUGGACAGCAACGGUUCAGGGGAGGCGAGUGGGCAGGACAGGGUCCGAGAGCAAAAGACUGACGGGGUGGAGGAAGAGGAGCAGGACUGGCGUCUGAGAGAAGAGCUGAUAGGAGCAUUUGAGGGGGCUCUGGACAUGAACGGGAGGACAGGGGACCUACGGGGCAUCCGCGUGCUGAAAAACGACAGGGUUAUGGGGUCGAGAGCGGGAGGACCCUGCUUCGGUAACUGUGAGGAUGAUGAGGGAGCUGAAUGGAUAACAUUCCAGGUGAAACGUGUGAAAAAGCCCAAAACUGAUAACUCGGAGGGCUGGGUGGGAGAAGGAGAUGUUCAUCAGAGUGAACCUGCAGCAAGCAACUCCAUCCUUGAGAUCAGUGGACCCACAAUCCCCUCGCCUGGACCCUCAGAGAGAUGGAAGGACUACAGCAGUCUGGGUUGGCCCGGUCCAGAGGAAUGUCAGCGCACGCGUCGUGUGGACCUCACAACUGUGGCUAGUACCUGGCUGGCUGUGUCUGCCAAGAACAUAGAUAUCACAGAGCAUAUAGACUUUGCCACACCGCUUCAGGAGCCAGCAGUGGAGCCGGUGUGUAAUGCCAAUCUCCCUGCCAGUAUGCACACACUGGACCAUCUGAGCGGAGUGGCCAACCGCGGAGGCAUUCACUAUACUGGAGAGAGUCAACUCAGAGAGGUGUUGCAGAAUCUGGGAAAAGAUCAAUUUCCCUCACAGUCUUUUGAACAAGUGGGAACACGUAUUGCAAAGGUGUUGGAAAAGAAUCAGACAUCCUGGGUUCUGUCCAGCAUGGCAGCAUUGUACUGGAGGGUGAAAGGUCAGGGAAAGAGAGCCAUCGACUGCCUCCGCCAGGCUCUGAACUACGCUCCUCACCACAUGAAGGAUGUGCCUCUCAUCAGUCUUGCCAACAUCUUCCAUAAUGCGAGGCUAUGGGAGGACGCCCUGACUGUGGCACGCAUGGCAGUGGAAAUUGCUCCUCACUUUGUGGUUAACCAUUUUACUCUGGCAAAUGUUUAUAUAGCUAUGGAGGAGUUUGAGAAGGCCAUGCAUUGGUACGAGUCGACUCUAAAACUCCAGCCAGAAUUUGGGCCAGCCAAAGAUCGUCUGCGCACCAUCCAAUGCUACCUCCUCUCCAAGAGGGACAGGCGAGCUCCCUGAGGACACAACGCACACACACACACACACACACACACACACACACACGCACAAACGUAACAUUAUCAUUGCUCCUUAAUCUUAGCUAUCAGUGAGGAACACAGUGUUUGUCUAUUUGUUGUCUUAAUUUCAUAAAUAUAGACCAUAUCAUUACUGUUAAUAAGGUUGGUGUUCAUUUGAGCUAUGAAAACGGUUUCCCUUUUUUCUGAUCUUUACAAAAAAUUUUAUGAUGUUGUUUUAAGGCUUAAGGGUUAUUUAUUUCUAUAAAACAUCUUGUUAUUCCUAUAAAGGGAUAUUUUGGCUGGGGUCGAGAUCCAAUGUUUUAAUGUGUCGGACUGUAUUUGAAUGCGAUUUCUUUUAACAAUGAUACCAAUAAUACAAUGCAUCUUUUAGUCUCACCAUAUCCACAUGUCCCUCUCUCGCAGCAAUAGCUACUAGGUGUAUAAAGGGUGUCUUAAAAUGUUAUUCAGAAUACAGAUGGUUAAAAGAAACACUGUAGUCUUUUACUUUACACAACCAUUCUCCGAUUUAGUUAUGUCUAAUAGUGACAGUUCAGGCUGUUGUAUGCACUUUUUGUAUCUGCCAUCAGGGCAGGCUGAAGCAUUUGGUACAUCCUCCUGUUGCUUUUUAUUUUUAGCUAAAAAUAUCCAAUACUGCAAACAAUUUCCCCUGAUGGUUUACUGUACUGCUUUCAAACUUAGCUGACAUGGAAUAAAUCAUUAGCAUUCAGGCUGAAGACAGAGCCACUGCAAAUAUUUAAACUAAACAAAAUAUCAGUAGCAAAAAUUUAGAUUUUAACGGAUGUAUUUUCCUUUCAGUUUUUAAAAGGUACCUUUAAUAAGGAGAUUGUUCUGCUCAAAGUUAUAAAAUACACUUCCAUUCACUUUACUUUGCACAGCUGAGCUGUUGACUCGAAGAUCUGAUCUGUACUGUUCUAUUUAAUAUUUAGAAAGUCAAGAUAAAUAUUUCUGUCCAUAGUCUAUAUGAAAACAUACAGGUUCCUCCAGAAUUAAAGUGGACAUGCGGUUUUUAAA